AUGUUCAAUCACUCAGUCGUUAUCUUCGAUAAUGGAGCGCACACCAUAAAAUGCGGACUAUCCAAUAAUGACGAAGAGCCUCGAAUGGUCCCAAACUCGGUUGUUCGACUCAAACACGAAAGAAAUAAACAAUUUGUCGGAUCCGAGUUUAAUGAGUCUCUGGACUACUCAAUUGUACACUACCGGCUACCGUUCGAGAGGGGGUACCUCACAGAUUGGGAUGUGGAGAAAGCUAUCGACCCACGCGAACAUAACUUCCUCGUGACCGAGCCCCCAUUCAAUAUGCACACUAUCCAAGAAACGUACGACCAGAUGAUAUUUGAGGAAUGGGAGUUUCGGAGCUACUAUAGAUGCCCUUCUGCGAUCCUCUGCCCAUACGGUGACAUUUUCAACCCAGGCCCACAACCCGAAUGCGCCAUCAUAGUCGACUCAGGAUUCUCUUUCACACAUGUCAUCCCCGUCACAAAUGACAAUUCUGGCCUCCCUGCUUCGAUUCAGUGGCCUUCCGUGAGGCGCCUCGACGUUGGGGGAAAGCUUCUCACGAAUCACUUGAAAGAACUCGUCUCCUUUCGACACUGGGAUAUGACAGAAUCCACUUACAUUAUUAAUCAAGUCAAAGAGUCGUGUUGUUUCGUGAGUAAGAAUUGGUCACAAGAUUUAGAGAUUUGUCGGGCGAAAAUAAACCCAACAACUCGAUCAUAUGUUCUCCCCAAUUUUGGCACCGAACCUCCCAAACCCGGAUAUAUCACAACAUUGCCUCAAGAAGGCGAUACGAUUCUCCCUAUGAACAACGAACGAUUCAGUAUCCCUGAAAUCCUCUUUUCUCCAUCACAUGUCGGCCUUUCUCAAACAGGACUGCCCGGUAUCAUAGCUCACUCGAUCAAUUCCUUACCCGAAGAUCAAAGAGGUGUUGCGUGGGGGAAUAUAGGGCUCGUAGGAGGAAACACACUCUUUGAUGGGUUUGAGCAAAGACUAUUCGAAGAAUUAAGAACAUUAGCGCCCGAUGAAUACGAAAUCUGCCUUUAUCGGGCUAGAAACUUCCACUCUGCGCGUACUCUCGCUCGUUCUCCCAUCUUCCCGUCGCUAUGCGUAACCAGAGAAGAAUAUCUGGAAGGGGGAGCAAACGCUUGUCGAAGAAGGUUUGCACCUGUUAACUGGUUGGCCACAAAGGAGAAAGACGUCGGUGGGACUAGGAAAGAACAGGAGAGUGGGGCGAGAAAAGAAACUGCUGGAAGAGGGAGGGGCAGAAGAAGAAAAACUGUGACCACCAGUGAGGAGGUUGCUCCUGCAUUUGAAGCUAUGGAUGUGGAUCCUAAGUCUUAA